UCCUGCCCACCCCCCGCCGCCCUUUCUUACCCUCGCCGGCGGCUCUGCCGGGGCCGGGGCGGCAGCUCCGGGAGCCGCAUGCCGGGGGCCGAGCAGGAGGGCGCAAGAAGAAAAAUGAAUUCUGAAAGCUCAGCAUUUACCAUGAGUAGCCCUGCUGUAAUAAACCAAUGUACCAGAGGAGGAAUGGAACAAGAAAAAGUUUGGCCGAAACAACAGCAACAGAACAAUUUUUCCUUGUUUCCUUCCACCAGGGGCUGGAAUUUCAGAGGGAAAAAACGAAAACAGAGUACUCAAGAUGAAGAUACAAUCAGUAUCUGCAGCCUGGAUACAAGUGAGCCCAGUAACAAACGGGUCAAGCCGCUCUCCAGAGUCACAUCCCUGGCCAAUCUCAUCCCUCCUGUCCGAGCCACUCCACUGAAGCGCUUCAGCCAGACCCUCCAGCGCUCCAUCAGUUUCCGCAGUGACAGUCGCCCGGAUCUGGUCAGUCCACGGCCGUGGGCUCGGAAUGUGCCCCCUGCAAACACGAAACGGAGGGACAGCAAACUGUGGAGUGAGACCUUCGAUGUCUGUGUCAAUCACAUGCUCACAUCGAAGGAAAUCAAGCGUCAAGAGGCCAUCUUUGAGCUUUCCAAAGGAGAAGAAGACUUGAUAGAAGAUCUGAAGUUGGCAAAAAAGGCUUAUCAUGACCCAAUGCUUAAGCUUUCCAUAAUGACAGAGCAAGAGUUGAACCAAAUUUUUGGAACACUGGACUCCCUAAUUCCUCUACAUGAAGAUCUUCUUAGGAGACUUCAAGAAGUCAGGAAACCUGAUGGAUCAACAGAACACGUUGGCCACAUCCUUGUGGGUUGGCUGCCAUGCCUGAACUCCUACGACAGCUACUGCAGCAACCAAGUAGCAGCCAAAGCUUUGCUGGAUCACAAGAAACAGGAUCACAGAGUGCAGGAUUUCCUGCAGCGCUGCUUGGAGUCUCCUUUCAGCCGCAAACUGGACCUGUGGAAUUUCCUGGACAUCCCAAGAAGCCGUUUGGUUAAAUACCCAUUACUGCUCAGAGAAAUUUUGAGACACACCCCAAAUGAUCAUCCAGAUCAGCAGCACCUUGAAGAAGCUAUAAAUAUAAUUCAGGGCAUAGUGGCUGAAAUCAACAUAAAGACUGGGGAAUCUGAAUGCCAGUAUUACAAAGAGAGACUUAUUUACCUUGAAGAAGGCCAAAGGGAUUCACUGAUCGAUAAUUCACGUGCUCUGUGUUGUCAUGGUGAACUGAAGAACAACAGGGGAGUGAAACUGCAUGUGUUCCUCUUUGAAGAAGUGCUGGUGAUUACUCGAGCUAUCACCCACAACGAGCAGCUCUGCUAUCAGCUGUACCGGCAGCCAAUUCCCGUCAGGGAGCUCGUGCUGGAAGAUUUGCAGGAUGGAGAGGUUCGGUUGGGUGGAUCCAUCCGUGGUGCAUUCAGCAACAAUGAGAGAAUCAAAAACUUCUUCAGGGUCAGCUUCAAAAGCGGCUCUCAAAGCCAGACUCACUCUCUCCAAGCCAAUGACUCCUUCAACAAGCAGCAGUGGCUGAACUGUAUCCGCCAGGCCAAGGACAAGGCAGCGUGUGCGGGCAGGGCUGGCGGCCCGGCCUCAGAAGCGCAUUUUGUGCUGUCAGCAAUCGGACGCAGAGUUCAUCAGGGAGAGCCUGGCCUGGAGCAGAUGGACCAAUCCGACUGCGAGUCAGACUGUAGCAUGGACACCAGCGAGGUCAGCGGCGACUGCGAGCGCAUGGAGCAGACGAACUCUUGUGAACGUGAAAAGCAAAUAGAAACCAAUGUUUGAC